AUGGAUAAACUUAAAGAGAAAAUAAAUACACUUAGAGAUGAACGUGAUGCAGCAAUUGCUAGUAGUGAAGAAGUAAAAAAUGAAAAUAAGAAAGUUCAAGAUGAGCUCACUGCUAAAGAACGAGAAAAUCAUUCUCUUACAAAGAAAGUUGCACAACUUGAGUCUGACCUGGAUGAAGCUCUAAAAAACUUGAAAGAAAUUACUGAAAAACUUCGUGAGAUUGAUGUUAAAUCAGAAAGUCAAGAGCAUCAUAUUGCUAAACUUGAAGAAGAAU